CUGCUAAAAGCGUGACAUUUCGUAUCUCGUUUUUAAUUUAAACGGCACUCGAUAAAGCCAUUUGUAAACAGUUUCUCGGAAACCAUGUCGCUGAGCGGUCAAAAGACUUCAAGCUUAUAUCUGAUUGCAUGUUGCCUCUUCUUUGGCUUCUGCCAUGUAUCUGCGGCUGUCGUUAAAGCAUCCACGGACCAAGCUGGGCCCAAUGGACGAGUUGUGGGCGGAGUUGCAGCAUCAACUAACAGUGCUCCAUACGCGGUGUCCAUGCAGUACCAAAAUACCCACUACUGCGCUGCCAGCAUUAUAAGCGCCAACUGGCUGGUAACUGCCGCUCAUUGCUUAACCAACAGUGCGCAGGUCCUUGGGAGCACGCUAGUCGCCGGCAGCAAUGCAGUUGCAGGAACUGCAUCCACCACCCAAAAGCGUAGUAUUACCUAUUUUGUUGUCAACGACCUUUACACGGGCGGAACUGUUCCCUAUGACAUUGGAUUGGUUUAUACUCCCACUGCCUUCACUUGGACCGCUGCUGUGGCGGCUGUGAGCUUGCCCAAGUCGGGUGUGGUGCCCACUGGCAAGGCAAACCUAUAUGGAUGGGGAAGUACCUCGACUACAAAUACGGCAUCGUAUCCCAGCGUUCUUCAAGUAGCUGCAAAUGUUCCCAUCAUCAGCCUGGCGUCCUGCGAAUCUGCAUUAGGCUCAAAGGGCAAAGAUGUACACAGCACUAACUUGUGCACUGGCCCUCUAACUGGAGGAGUUAGUAUCUGCACUUCGGAUUCUGGUGGUCCUUUGGUUCAGGGUAAUGUUCUGAUUGGAAUCGUAUCCUGGGGCAAGUUGCCAUGCGGACAGGCCAACUCACCAUCUGUCUACGUCCAGGUGUCUUCGUUUAUAUCCUGGAUAUCGGCCAAUCAAAAGGUCCAGUAACGUAUAAUGUUUAUAAUUCAAUAAAUAAAUACGUUCAAAUAUUAGCUUAGUAUUUUAA